GUAGAGCGACCUUGAACCAACAUGGCUUCCGCCGGCGACUGGUGCACAAUAGAAAGUGAUCCUGGCGUUUUCACCGAACUCAUCAGGGGGUUUGGAGUGAAGGGAAUACAAGUGGAAGAGUUGUGGAGUUUAGAUGAUGACAGUUUUCAAAAUCUACGCCCAGUGCAUGGCCUGAUAUUUCUGUUUAAGUGGACAGGAGACACGGAGCCCUCAGGGUCAAUUGUACAGGACAGCAGGCUGGACAAGAUCUUCUUUGCUAAACAAGUUAUAAACAAUGCUUGUGCCACUCAAGCCAUUCUAAGUAUACUGUUGAACUGUGAUCAUCCUGAUGUAGAGCUGGGUGAGACCAUCUCCAGUUUUAAAGAAUUUUCACAGAGCUUUGAUCCUCAGUUAAAAGGCCUGAGCCUGUCAAACUCUGAAAUCAUCAAACAAGUACAUAACAGCUUUUCGAGACAACAAAUGUUUGAAUUUGACCAGAAGCUUGCGGGAAAAGAUGACGAUGUUUAUCAUUUCAUAGGCUAUGUUCCUAUUGAUGGAAGACUUUAUGAAUUAGAUGGCCUAAAAGAUGGACCAAUAGAUUUAGGUGCAAUUCCAAAAGACACAGAUUGGAUUGUAAAGGCUAGACCUGAAAUUGAGAAAAGGAUACAAAAAUAUAAUGCUGAUGAAAUUCAUUUUAACCUAAUGGCACUGAUAUCUGACCGGAAAAUGAUGUAUGAAAGACAGCUGGUAGAGAUCCAGGAAAAAGUCAAGGACGGCAGUCUAGACACAGCAGCUGCUAAUGACGAGGUCCAGCAUUUAAAUGUGUUAAUAAGUGAAGAGGACAGAAAGAGGGAAUACUACAAGGUGGAGAACAUCAGAAGAAAGCACAAUUAUCUGCCUUUCAUAAUGGAACUGUUGAAGAUUCUGGCCAAAGAGGGAAAACUGGUCGACAUAGUAGAACAGGCCAAAGAAAGACAAGCUGCAAAAAGAAGGAAAAUAGACAAAAGUUCCAGUGAAACAGAGAGCAAAUAAUAGUUGUAAAAACUUCUCACAUUUGGACAGAUGAGCUGAUAGUUUUGAAGGAGUGUAGUCUUGCAAAAGUCAAAGAGCUGGAAGAUUAUAUCUGCCACUGACAUACGGGUCCAAUCCUUGCUUAUUGGAAAUAAAUGGAGAACAGGUGUCCUGUUUAAGCCAUGGGUCCAAGUAUCAGAUUGUGAAAAAGCAGAGAAUGUCUGUUCUGUUGGAUGUUGGAUGCUAUCUGUUAGUAUUGUUGUUAUAAGUAAACAGGGUAAAACAAUGUGAGAGAGAGAGAAGAAAAAGAUGUAAAUUUAUUUGAAAGUUCAUUUCGGUAGGUCUGGAAGGUCUUGAAUAUGUCUAACUGGAGAGAAUUCUGAGGAUCCUUUUGUGUUGACAAACUACACACCCAUUCUUUGUUGUUUCUUUAUUGUAUGCAGUUGUAUUCACAUUACAGCUAAUAAAAAGUUUUUAAAGACAA